AUGGAUAGUUGUUUUGAUGUGGCAGGGAGUAUGAUGGAGUUCUCAAAACACAUGAAGGCCUUAGGUGAACUUCUCUUUGAGCUUCUAUCAGAGGCUUUGGGGCAAAACUCAAGUCACCUCAAGGACAUUGAUUGCGCCAAGUCUCAAGUCAUGUUCUGCCAAUACUACCCACCUUGCCCUCAGCCUGACCUAACUUUAGGCUUAAGCAAGCACACCGAUUUUUCGUAUCUCACAGUCCUACUUCAGGACAAUAUUGGAGGGCUUCAAGUUCUCCAUGACCAAACCUGGAUUGAUGUCCCUCCUGUCCCUAGAGCUCUUGUCGCUAACAUGGGAGAUCUUCUCCAGCUUAUAACCAAUGACAAGUUCAUAAGCGCGGAGCAUAGAGUGGUAUGGAUCUUCUGUACCGCGUAUUUCAGCACCAUGUUUCUUCAGCACAUUCAUGAAGGCUAA